GCCUGCCGCUGGAAAAGAGGGCGCGCGAGAGAGGGGAGGGGGCGGCGACGGGGACGGGGACCACGACGACUCCGCCCCGGGCUGAGGGAGACGGACGGCAGCCAAGAGCUGAGAGGUCGUAGGGCCACUUCCCCUCCCCACCCCCGUCACCAUGGCUGAUCAGUUGACAGAGGAGCAAAUUGCAGAAUUCAAAGAGGCCUUCUCCCUCUUCGACAAGGACGGCGAUGGCACCAUCACCACCAAGGAGCUUGGCACUGUGAUGCGCUCACUGGGGCAGAACCCCACAGAGGCUGAAUUGCAGGACAUGAUCAACGAGGUGGAUGCCGAUGGAAACGGCACCAUCGAUUUCCCAGAAUUCCUCACCAUGAUGGCCAGGAAGAUGAAGGACACAGACAGUGAGGAAGAGAUCCGCGAGGCCUUCCGAGUUUUUGACAAGGAUGGCAAUGGGUACAUUAGUGCUGCAGAGCUACGUCAUGUUAUGACCAACCUGGGUGAGAAGCUGACGGAUGAAGAAGUUGACGAAAUGAUCAGAGAAGCUGACAUAGAUGGGGAUGGACAGGUCAAUUACGAAGAGUUUGUACAGAUGAUGACUGCCAAAUAAGAAAAGCAGCUGGCACCCUCCCCUCCCCUCCCCUCCCCUGUACAGUAUGGAAGGAUGGUUUGCUUACCAUAGAGUUCUUAAUCCAGCCCCUCCUGUCUGUGUGGCACUCACGCUUCAUUGACGCUUUAGCAGUCUGUGGCCAUUCUCUGCUGUCUCUUCCUCUCCCUGCUCCCCUCCUGGAUUACAUGGUAGUGCCUGUGGUGGGUGAAACUAGGGCAGCAGGAAGCCAACUUCAAGCCCUGAUGAGGAGGGGUGAAGUGGGGCUAAGCUCCUAGCAUUGGGUGACCUGGCAGGGGGUGGGGGUAGGAAUGGUGAAGGUGUCCUCCCCUCUUGGCUCCAUCCCUGCCUUGCACCUACUCCGUCCCUCCAAAGACCACAACCCCAGCCAGCACGUAACCUUUGCAUCCAUGGACUGUUGUGUGCGGCUGAGUGCCUCCUUCUGCCAUCUGCAGUCGUCUUCCUGGGAAUAUCUGCAUAUCUUGGGUAUAUUGUAACUGUUAAUCUAAUAAUCGCCAUGCUCCCCUCCCUCCUUUUCUCUUACCUUCCAACGGCUUCAGGGAAUGCUUCUGUUCCAUUCCAGUUGGUGUUUGGUUUCUUUUCCCCUCUUCUUUUGAAUAAAGUCUGUGUUUCAAAA